UGAGGUGACAGGAGUUUUGUAUAAAAGACGGUACAAACCUAAAGGUGGUCAUCAUACCAUUAUUGAGCCAUCUCUGGAGGAAAUCAAAAUGAUGCGUCGUUCUGUCUGUGCUUGGGUGGUCUUGGCAGCAUUGCUUGCCGCUGUUGGAGGUGAGGCAUAUAAUGACGUGGCCAUCAAUGCUGACAUGUCUAUUGGGAUGGGACAAUGCCCACCCUACGAUGAUCCCGGCCGCGUUGUGUUACUGCCAUUCCACAAUGACUGCAGCAAGUACAUUACCUGCUUCCAAGGCAAUCCCUACGUACAGCAGUGUCCGGACAACUUAUUCUGGAGCCAGCGAAACUACCGUUGCGUUAACCGAGAGUACUCCGAGUGCCGUAGCACAGACACAGAGGAUUUUGUUGAAUACAGCGCAUAUCCUGGGGACUGUAGUCGCUUCUACGAAAAACGGGCCCUUCGCUGUGCCAACAACUAUCUAUUCAACGCGCAAAAUCAACGCUGCGAGCCUUAUCAGUACGUCAGCUUGCCUCCUGCUGCCACUCCUCCGUCAAUGAUCUGGCCUACACCAGCCCCGAAUAACAAUGCCCCGCUUGAUGCUCAGUCGCUGUGCAAGAAUAGCAUCCCGAAUUCAUAUAUUCCGUUUCCCGGAGACUGUCACAAAUUUAUCCACUGUGGCCCAACGGCCACUAUGUUGAAUUGCCCUGCUGACUUGUUCUGGAACACUGGUGUGCUCUCUUGCACUGCCUCCAGCAGUGGAUGCCAGCUACUCCACUAAAAGACGAUGUUUACUUUGCGGUAUUCUCCACUUAAACCCGAUGUUAACCUCACGGGAUAAGGAAAACCGUUUUAUUUUGCACAUUCAAUUAAUGCACAUUUAAUAUUUCAUCAAUAUACUACCAAAAGAACA